GAAAAGCAGAACAACUUAAACAAACAACUUUCUUGUGAAUGAUCCUCAUUUAAAAAAAAAAUACUUUAAAAUUAAACAAAUGAGUCUUAUUCAGCGACUCAUCCUGUGCUUUGUAAUCAGAUUUCUUCUGGCAUGGAGUUGGGGAAUUAUGAACAGCCUGUUGUAAUGAGAGAGGAAGCCAAACGAAGGAGAAGAAGAAUGAAGCCACACAGUCCAGCAAGUAAUUUAUCUUCAAUGGAACUGAUAUCCAUUGAGUUCAUUCUGCCUACAAGCAAUAAACAAGUGCAGGAAACAAUGUUACUCGAAAUAGCUGGCAACUGUACUGUUGAGCAAAUGAAAGCACAGAUUUGGAUGCGUGCAAUAGAGAUGAGCCAAACCACAGACUUUUACCAUAAAUUCACCCCAGAUCAAUUUAUUCUUCAAUAUCAGAAGAAAGGGCAGUGGUAUGAAAUUUAUGACAAACAUCAAGUAAUACAGACGUUGGACUGCAUACUGUAUUGGAAAGUGUUACAGAAAAAGGUAGGCAAAAUCUCUGUGAUCCAGAAGCAAAAACCAGAACAGGCGGUUCAGGAAUUUCAGACGCAACUUAAUGAUUUGAUUGGCUAUGAUGUCACUGAUGUUAGUAAUGUGCAUGAUGAUGAGCUAGAAUUUACUCGUCGCAGGUUAGUCACACCACGAAUGAUUGAAGUAGCCUGCAGAGAUCCAAAAUUGUAUUCAAUGCAUCCAUGGAUUACAUCUAAGCCACUCCCAGAAUAUGUGCUUAAAAAGAUUACUAAUAACAAUAUUUUUAUAAUCAUACACAGAGGAACAACUAGCCAGAAAAUUAAAGUAUCAAUUGAUGACACACCAGACAUGAUCCUUCAGAGCUUUUUCACAAAAAUGGCAAAGAAGAAAUCUUUGAUGGAUAUUCCUGAGGAUCACAGUGAACUGGAUUUUGUUCUCAGGAUUUGUGGCAGAGAUGAGUAUAUCACAGGAGAGACACCAAUCAAAGAUUUUCACUGGAUAAGACAGUGCCUGAAAAAUGGGGAAGAGAUCCACCUAGUACUAGAUGACCCUCCUGACCCCAAGGAGGAUGAGGUUCAGAAAGAAGAAUGGCCCUUGGUGGAUGACUGCACAGGUGUUACAGGAUAUCAUGAACAGCUGACAAUAGAUGGAAAAGAUCAUGAGAGGGUGUUCACUAUCUCUUUGUGGGACUGUAAUAGAAAAUUCAGGGUCAAGAUAGUUGGCAUUGAUAUCCCAGUGCUACCAAGAAAUACUGAACUUACUGUGUUUGUUGAGGCUAAUAUUCAACAUGGGCAACAACUUCUUUCACAGAGAAGGACCAUAUCUAAGCCUUUUACUGAGGAGGUUCUAUGGAAUACUUGGGUUGAAUUUGAUAUUAAAAUUAAAGAUUUGCCUAAAGGAGCACUACUGAAUCUACAGAUAUAUUGUGGCAAAGCACAGGCAUUAUCCACAAAGGUUAACCUUCAGUCACAUGAUUCCCCCAACUCCGAUUCUAAAUGUAAAACUCAGCUACUCUAUUAUGUAAAUAUUUUGUUGAUUGAUCACCGUUCCCUGUUACGUAGUGGGGAGUACGUGCUUCAUAUGUGGAAGAUUUCAGGUAAGGGGGAAGAGCAGGGAAGCAUCAAUGCUGACAAACUUACAUCAGCAACCAAUCCUGAUAAAGAAAACUCAAUGGCUAUCUCUAUUGUUUUGGAUAAAUAUUGCCACCCAAUAGCUUUGCCCAAACAUAGGAUAACAUCUGAUCCCCAAGGGGAUAGGACAAGAGCUGAAAUGCCCAACCAGCUUCGAAAACAACUUGAAGCAAUCAUAGACACUGACCCACUUAAUCCACUUACUCCUGAGGACAAAGAAUUAUUGUGGCAUUUUAGAUACGAAAGCAUAAAGCACCCCAAGGCAUAUCCUAAGCUGCUUAGCUCAGUGAAGUGGGGACAGCAAGAAAUAGUGGCUAAAACAUACCAGUUGUUGGCUAAAAGAGAAGCUUGGGAUCAUAGCAGUUUGGAUGUUGGACUAACCAUGCAACUUUUGGACUGUAACUUUUCGGAUGAAAACGUAAGAGCAAUGGCGGUUCAAAAGCUGGAGAGCUUAGAAGACGAUGAUGUUCUGCAUUACCUUUUGCAACUAGUGCAGGCUGUGAAAUUUGAACCUUAUCAUGACAGCGCACUAGCCAGAUUUCUACUAAAACGAGGUUUGAGAAACAAAAGAAUUGGUCACUUUUUGUUUUGGUUUUUAAGAAGUGAGAUUGCUCAGUCCAUGCACUACCAGCAGAGGUUUGCUGUGAUCCUAGAAGCCUAUCUUAGGGGCUGUGGAAAAGCCAUGCUACAUGAUUUCAUGAAACAGGUUCAGAUAAUUAAGUUGCUGCAUAAACUCACAAUGGAUAUAAAAUCAGUUUCUGCUGAAAAGUACGAUGUCACCUCUCAAGUUAUCACACAGCUGAAACAAAAGCUUGAAAAACUGCAGAACAGCAAACUUCCGGAAAGCUUUAGAGUUCCAUAUGACCCUGGGCUGAGAGCAGGAGCACUAGUGAUUGAAAAAUGCAAAGUAAUGGCAUCCAAGAAAAAGCCACUUUGGCUUGAAUUUAAAUGUGCAGACCCCACAGCCCUAUCAAAUGAAACUAUAGGCAUUAUCUUCAAACAUGGAGAUGACCUUCGCCAGGAUAUGCUUAUUUUACAGAUUCUUCGAAUUAUGGAAUCUAUUUGGGAAGCAGAAUCCUUGGACCUGUGUUUGUUGCCGUAUGGUUGCAUUUCUACAGGAAAUAAAAUAGGAAUGAUUGAAAUUGUGAAAGAUGCUACAACAAUUGCCAAAAUUCAGCAAAGUACAGUUGGCAACACAGGUGCAUUUAAGGAUGAAAUAUUAAAUCAGUGGCUGAAAGACAGAUGUGUGAUUGAAGAAAAGUUUCAGGCAGCAGUGGAAAGAUUUGUUUAUUCUUGUUCUGGUUACUGUGUGGCAACCUUUGUACUUGGAAUAGGAGACAGACACAAUGACAACAUUAUGAUUACAGAAUCAGGUAAUCUCUUUCAUAUUGACUUUGGCCAUAUUCUUGGGAAUUACAAAAGCUUCCUCGGAAUUAAUAAGGAAAGAGUCCCUUUUGUGUUGACACCAGAUUUUCUUUUUGUCAUGGGAACUACUGGAAAGAAGACAAGUCUGCAUUUCAGUAAAUUUCAGGACAUUUGUGUGAAGGCUUAUCUUGCUCUUCGACAUCACACAAACCUGCUGAUCAUUCUGUUUUCCAUGAUGCUAAUGACCGGAAUGCCCCAAUUAACCAGCAAAGAAGAUAUUGAAUAUAUCCGGGAUGCUCUAACUGUAGGUAAAAAUGAGGAAGAUGCUAAAAAGCAUUUCCUAGAUCAGAUUGAGGUUUGCAGAGAUAAAGGCUGGACUGUGCAGUUUAACUGGUUUCUACAUCUUGUGCUUGGAAUCAAACAAGGAGUAGAAAAGCAUUCUGCCUAAUGUGUCUGUAAAGUGAGUAACUAUGCAUAACUAGAAAGUUAACAAGUCUGGAUGUUUACUUAUAGCUUACUAGUAAUUGAACUAUCAAAGUUGCCUUUUAAUUUGCUAACAGGUUAAAUAGGACUUCUAAAAAUGGCAAACUGCUUUGCCCUGAACUUCAAGAAUGUCAAUCUGUUUCUUACAGAAAAAGAUUUUCUGGAGUUGCUGACAUUGCAAAUACUGUUUUUUAUUUGUUAGUAGCUUUGCUGAUAUGGCCUACAAUUUUCCCAUUUUUCUAAAGCUACAAUGAAGACAAAGGGAAAGCAGGGAGUGGAGCCUGGGAACUGAAACAUGGGUGCCCUGUGACUUUCCCCUAAAUUAUGCAUGCUUGUCAGGCCCUUCAAGAGAUGGAGGAUUUUUAUUUAUUUUAAAUACUCUGAUUUGUAAGUGCCUCUACAGGAUGUAUACUUCUUCAGGAGGGCUUUAUUACCAAGCAUUCUUCACCCUCAUUCUCCUUCAUCCUUUCCUUAACUCCCCUUGACCAGGCCUGAAAGAGAGUCCAAGUUUAAAAAUUAGAUUGACCUAGCUACGUUGCUCAGUGUUGUGAAUAGUUUCAUGCUAACUGCCAGUGUAACCACAGCUAGGUCAACGGAAGAAUUUUUCCAUUAACCUACCUACCACCUCUGAAAGAUGAAUUAACUACAUUCGUGGAAAAAAACAGUUGAAGGUAAAAAGAAGUGGCUCAGGACCCAUUUGUAAAUGUUUAUGGCUUGUCGUGACCCAGUAAAUAGUCUGGGGAUAGAGGUCCUGGGAUGGUUUCAGUCGGAUCCUGUCUCUUGGGGGUGGGGGGGAAUAGGGGAGGGGGUCCUGCCCGGCACUCACCCCACAGUGGUGGCUCCUGCAGAUCCUGUGCUGUAGGCCUGGCUGGGCUUGGCUUUCGGCAUUGCAACCUCCAAGGUUGCAGCGCCACUCAGGUGUGGCCCCGCCUCCCUGACUGGAUUAAAUUUGUGUGAGUGGAGUUGUGAUUUGGCUCAUGAGGUUGCAGUGUCACUCACUCAAAUUUGGCCUACUUGGACUCCUGUCCUGUUGACAGCUAGGCCAAACCUGAGUGGUGCUAGGACCCCCAGAGGUUGCAAAGCUAGGAAGUGGGAGAUGAGCCCAGCCAGCCCUGUGGGACUAGAGCCACAGAAGCUGCCACAAAACCCUUUGAAACAUUCUGGUGACCCAAUUUUGUGUCCUGACCCAGGGGUUGAGAAACUGUGGACUAGGAAGAACCUUACAUUACCAUUGGUGUAGCUUCCUGAACCAUAAAACCAAAGACCUAAUUGGCCCUUCCACAGAAGUACCCACAGAACAUCUCCUUUACCUUAAAGUUCCUGGGUUUGCUCUGAUAAUUUUAAGUUUAAGUGUUUCAAUUUUCAUUUAAGUUCCUUUUUUAAAUGAACAUCUAAUAUAUUAUAUUGAAUCUUGAUGCUUAUAUAGUUUUCUUGUGCAAUUACUAGAAUUCUGCCUAUACAUUAAAAGCUUUAUACAAGUAAUUUCCUUUUUCCUCAAAAGAAUCUUCUCUAAGAACAAUUGACAUUUUGCCAAAUGUUUAAGAAGCCCAAAGGUUAUUUAUUCUUCAGAGACAUAUUUUCAAGUUAUACCAAUCAGGAACUAAAAUGUAAUCUUUGAAAUGGUGUAUAUUUUGCUAUUUAUAGUGUUUUAUUUUUGAAGUUAUUUUAAAAAUAAUUGACAAGCUAUUUAUGAAAGGAAUUAAAUUGUUUUUUUAAUUUAAGUAUAAACUAAAUCUAAAGACAAGGAAAUACUGGGGGCAAAUAUUAGGUGUAUAUUUAACUAUUUCUCUAAUAGGAUAUCUGAAAAUAAUUAAUUGAUCCUGUUAAUAUAAGAAAAAGCAAAACAGUUUAUAGCAUGAAUUUUGCUUCUGACUUAAAUUAUUAAUACCCUCCCUGCUGAUUAAUUGAUUUUACCAAAGAGAGAAGACAGCUUACAGAAUGGCCUAUUUGCACUUGUGCCUAUGUAAUUGCUUCUUUCAUUAAACCCAGAUGAUCAACUGGAUUUGCUAAUUUGUUAUUGUUUGUAUCCAUUUCACACUGUUGCUUAGAUUUUAACAAGAACUACUGAGUGUUCUCUUAAAGGAUUCGUAAUAGAUGUACUCUAGUUGGUAUCUCAAUUAUGAAACAGAAUUUUUAGUUUUUAAAUGUAGGUGCUUAAUUGGUUGCUCUCCACAAGGUAUUUUUGAUGUGUAGGGUAAAUUUUGAUGAGGAGAUCCAAAAUGCUUACAUGUUAUGAAAUCAUUUUCCAUUCUGUCACAUAAUGACGCUGUGCAAAAUGGUUUUAAAAGCAUGCUGAGGUGUAAAAUGAUUAGUAUUGUGUCUAAUGUGAUAUUCUUGGGUUUGUGCUCUAUAGUCCUGAAAUGAAUUCUCUGAUGAUAAAUCAUGAAAU